AUGGAUCUUAAACUUAGUGAUGCUACGAGUAUUGAUUCUAAUGAUAAUCUAAAUGGGGGAAAUUCAACUGUAGAAUUCGCUCAUAGGGAAAUUGAAGGUGCAACUGUUUCAAUUCCAGAAAAUCCAUUAUAUGAUGAUUUAGAUUUACGUGAUUCCAUUCAAAAUCCAUCUGAAGAUAUCAAUUUGGAUUCAACUUCAUCAACGAAUCUUCAUCAUAAAAACUUGUUAAGUAUUUUUCAUUUAGUUAUGAUUAUUAUUUCUUUCCUUCGUUUUGCGGUAAAAUAA